AUGGCGCAAUAUUCGGUAGAGGUUGGCAAAGCCGCCAACGAGCAUGAAACGGCUCCAAGAAGGAACAUCAAGGCCGCAAAGGAGCCGCUGGUGAGACCGGUCGGGUUCUCGUGCUCGACAGUGUACGAGUUUGCGAUGGAGGCGUUCCAGAAGAACAAGUCGCGUCCCGCAAUGGGCUGGAGAGACGUGGUGGAAAUCCACGAGGAGACCAAGGAAGUGACCAAGAGGAUCGACGGCAAGGACGAGAAGAUCGAGAAAAAAUGGCAGUACUACGAGCUGUCGCAUUACAAGUACAACACGUUCCAGGAACUGACCUCGAUCAUGCAUGAUCUCGGUAGGGGUCUGAUCAAGCUGGGCUUGACGCCGGAGGAGUCAAAGCUGCAUAUAUACGCCGGUACGUCGCCCAAAUGGAUGAAAAUGUUCCUGGCCGCGCAGACCCAGAGCAUCCCUGUUGUGACUGCGUAUGACACUCUGGGGGAGAAGGGUCUGAUUCACUCCAUGCUGCAGACCAACACCAACGCCAUGUUCACCGAUAACCAUCUUUUGCAGUCGCUAAUCGGGCCGUUGGAAAAGACCCCGGAAAUGAAAUUCAUCAUUCACAAUGAAGCCAUCACGGAGAGCGAUAAAAGAUACGGCGGCAAGUUGUACCAGAACGCAUUCAACGCUGUCAACAAGCUGAAGGAGAUUAGGCCCGACAUCACAAUCAUAAGUUUCGACGACCUUUUGAAACUCGGUGAAAGUGCAAGAGAUGAGAUCAGCACGUUUUUACCGAAGGAAAAUGACACCUCGUGCAUAAUGUACACCUCGGGUUCCACAGGUGAUCCAAAAGGUGUCGUAUUGACCCACAGAAACAUCAUCGCGGGUGUUGCCGGGGUCACAGAUAACGUUCAAGGCUUUAUUGGUAUCAGAGAUCGUGUUAUUGCAUUUUUGCCACUGGCUCAUAUCUUUGAACUAGCAUUUGAACUGAUUUGCUUCUACUGGGGUGGAGUUCUGGGCUAUGCAAAUGUCAAGACGAUUUCAAGCGCUUCUGUACGUAAUUGUAAAGGUGACAUGGAAGAAUUCCAACCAACUGUCAUGGUUGGUGUUGCAGCAGUUUGGGAAUCUGUUAGAAAAGGUAUCAUGGCAAAAAUCAGUCAAUUGCCUACGAUUACUCAGAAAAUUUUCUGGACCGCAUAUCAUGCAAAGAUUAAAAUGAAACGUUAUCACAUUCCAGGCGGUGAUAGUUUAGGUAACUUAGUCUUCAAGAAAGUUAAGCAAGCCACUGGUGGUCAUUUAAGAUACGUUUUGAACGGUGGCUCUCCAAUCAGUAUUGAUGCUCAGGAGUUCGUUACAACUUUACUAUGUCCAAUGCUUAUUGGAUAUGGUUUAACAGAGACUACUGCAAAUACUUGUGUUUUGCAACCUGAUCGUUUUGAAUAUGGUGUUGCUGGUGAUUUGACUGCUGCAGUUACUGUUAAAUUAGUUGAUGUUGAAGAAUUGAAUUAUCUUGCAAAAAAUAAUCAAGGUGAAGUUUGGAUUAGAGGUGCAUCGGUCACAUCAGAAUAUUACAAAAAUCCAAAAGAAACCGAAGACGCGUUUACUAAAGAUGGUUGGUUCCGUACUGGUGAUAUUGGUGAAUGGUUACCAAAUGGUCAUUUAAAAGUUAUUGACAGAAAAAAGAAUUUAGUUAAAACACAAAACGGUGAAUAUAUCGCCUUAGAAAAGUUAGAAUCAGUUUACAGAUCAAGCACUUUUGUUCAGAAUAUUUGCGUUUAUGCUGAUCAAUCAAGAGUUAAACCAGUUGGAAUUGUUGUACCAAAUUUGGGUCCUGUAGCAGAGAUAGCAGAAUCGAAUGGUAUUUUAAAAAAAGGUGAUGAUGUUGAAAAUCACUUGCAUGAUAAAAAACUUCAAAACAUCGUCCUCAGAGAAUUAUUAAAGACUGGAAAAUCACAAGGUUUGAUAGGUAUUGAGUUACUUGAAGGUAUAGUUUUUUUUGAUGAAGAAUGGACACCUCAAAAUGGAUUUGUUACCUCUGCACAGAAAUUGAAGAGAAAGGAUAUCUUCAAUGCUGUAAAGGAUGACAUUCAAAAGCUGUAUGGUUAA